AUGUUCAACCUCUCUGGCAAGCACCUGCUGCUCGCUACUCUCUUUACCCAGCUUCUCCCAAGCAUCAGCGCGGUGCCCUUCCCCGCUACAAUUGGCCCGUACAACACCAGCGUUGUAACAGCGCAGCUCAUCGACCAUCAUCGUUUGGAUCCCUACGCCCCAACGCCACAGCCACGUACUCUGAUGAUCUCUCUCUUUCAUCCCGUCCCUCCACCAGCAUGUUGCCCCUCCCUGACGCCCUACAUGGAUCCCAUCAGCGCAACCUUCGAGGAUGAACGGUACGCACAGGCUGGUAUACCAGCCGGCGCCUUCAGCUCCCUUGCCCUUCAAAACUGCAAGCCUUGCCCUAGUCGCCGGGUCAAAAGGUCAAAUUAUCCGCUCAUUCUCUUCUCCUCUGGCCUGGGGAAUAUUCGGCUCUUGUACAGCGCUAUGGCACAGCAACUGUCCAGCACUGGCUACAUCGUUGUAACCGUCGACCAUCCCUACGAUGCAGAUAUCGUAACAUUCCCCAACAAUUCCACAAUCCUCGCCGCAAACAUUACAACCAAUACCCAAAUCAUAGAUGACCUGAACAUCCGCGUGAAAGACAUGUCAUUCGUCCUUGACCAGCUCCACCGUCCAUCUGUCAUCUCAAGGCUCAUCCCAGACCGAACUUGCGGGUUGGAUACCUCUAAAGUGGGAAUCUAUGGCCACUCCCUUGGCGGCGCCACCGCAGCUGAGGCUAUGCUUUCUGACCCCCGUCUCAUGGGAGGUGUCAACCUGGACGGUACAUUUUUCGGCUCUGUUAUCGACCGGGGAUUGGAUAAGCCCUUCAUGAUAAUGGCGCACGAAGGGAAGAAUUUGACAACUGAUCCGAGUUGGGGUGCACUGUGGCCGAAGCUGAAGGGUUUCAGGAGAGGAUUUAUGCUUGGUGGGAGCACGCAUGGUACGUUUACGGAUUUGGCGGUGGCCGCUGAUUUGAUUGGUCUGAGAGCGGAAUUUCCGGCACAGACGGCUGCACUAUUGGGGAGUAUUGAUGGAAGAAGAGCCCUUCAGGUUAUUGCUACUUAUACUAGCAGAUUCUUUGACGUUGUUUUGAAGGGGAAGAAAAGUGAGUUGUUAGAUAGGUCCAGUAUGGAGUUUCCUGAGGUGACUGUUGGAGAAAAUUAA